GCAGCUUGGAGCCUCUAAGCAGAGAGGCACUGUCCAGCUCCCAGAUGCCAGGCCUUGUGGGGAGCAUGACCCUCAUGGGUUGGAUCACUGGUGCUGUGGUGGCUGUCCUGUUGCUGCUGCUGUUGCUGGCCACCUGCCUUUUCCACAGACCACUGGACCAUGAUGUGGAGAGGAACCACCCAGCUGUCCGGCGAGCCCAGCCUCGGCUCUUUCAGGGCCGGGGUCUCCUGGGAAACUUUCACCAUCACCAUCAUCAUCGUCACCCUGGUCAUGUGUCCAGUGUGGGUGUCCAGCACCAUAACUAUCACCACCAGCUGCACCUCCACCACCACCACCACCUCCACAAGGCUCAUGGAGCCCGCCGCUGA